GUUGGUAAGAUUCUAGCUAUAGAUAAUGUCAGAUAGUGGUUGGAAUACUAUAGACUCGGAUGCAGGUGUUUUCACCGAGUUGGUUGAAAAAUUGGGCAUACAAGACGUGCAAUUCGAUGAUUUAUACUCGAUUGAUUCUGAUUCCUUGAAUUCAAUGUCGCCACUUUAUGGGGUAGUUUUCUUAUUUAAAUAUGGGAACGUCGAUAGAAGCUAUGCUAAGGACGGUAAUAAGCCAUUAGAUGGAGAAUACGAUACAGAAUAUCAAUCCAAGGGGAUUUUUUUCGCUAAUCAAAUUAUACAAAAUGCUUGUGCAACCCAAGCUGUUCUAAAUAUAUUGUUAAAUGUUAAAUCGCUUGAAUUGGGUAAAGAUAUUGGGGGAUUUAAAUCUUUUGUGGAAGGGUUAGAUGGAGAGAUAAUUGCUGAAGCUAUAUCAAACAGUGAAAUCAUCCGAACAGUUCAUAAUUCCUUUUCUGCACCAAAUUUAAUUGUUGAUGAAGAUAAACCGGCCCCACCACCAGAUUACGAUGAUAAGAAUGAUGGAUUAUUUCAUUUUAUUGGAUACGUUAAUAUAGAUAAUCAAAUCUAUGAAUUAGAUGGUUUAAAAAAGUAUCCAAUUAAACAUGAUAAAUUGCAAACACCACAAGAAUUUACUGAGAAAUUACCAGAAAUCUUAAUGAGAAGAAUUGGUAAAUACGGAGAUGAAUUAAGAUUUUCAUUACUUGGGGUAACUAAUGAUAAAUUAAAGUAUGCUCAAAGUAUUGGAGAUGAUUCUUUAUUAAGUAGCGAAUCAUUGAAAAGGGAAACUUGGCAUCGUGAAAAUGAAUUACGAAGAAAUGAUAAUAUGGGACUAUUAGUUGCAUUAUUGAAGAAUAUUAAUAAAGGGCUAAGCGACGAAGAGUAUGAAAAGUUAUUAAAUGAAUCUCGUAAGAAGAGUCAAGUUAAACUAUUACAACAGUUUAAUAAUUUAAAAAAAUAA